CUACCAAGCUGCUUUGAAGGGUGACUGGAAAGCUACUAAUGGUGUCAUAGAAAUAUUUCCAACUGUGAUACGUUCUAGUAUCACAAAAGGGUGGGAAACUGCACUUCACAUUGCAGCAGCUGCGAAGCGCAUUCACUUUGUGGAGGAGUUGGUGGGACUGAUGAAUCCUGAAGACUUGGAACUUCAAAACAGUAAUGGGAACACUGCCCUAUGUUUUGCGGCUGCUGCUGGAACUGUGAGAAUUGCCGAAGUGAUGAUUAACAAGAACGAACACCUGCCAAUGAUCCGUGGUAGCCAGGGAAUGACACCACUGUAUAUGGCUGCUUUGUUAGGACAUAGUGACAUGGUAUGGUAUCUCUACCAAAAGACUAAGAGUAAAGAUUUGUCAGAUGAGGAUCGAAUUGGGAUACUCAAUACCUGUGUUAGCACAGAUUUGUAUGAUGUAGCAUUGGACAUAUUGAAACACAACCCACAGCUGGCAGUGGCUCGAGAUGGGAAUGGUGAGACAGCAUUGCAUGUAUUGGCUCGAAAACCUUCAGCAUUUACUGGUGGAAGUCAGUUCCAGGUAGGAAGGUAGGACAUGAUAAAAGUCUGAAGCAAGCCCAAGCAUUUGAACUAGUUAGAUUGUUAUGGAAAAUGGUGAUAAAGCAAUAUGAUUCAGAGAUUUCGGACUUGAUCUGAAGCCCUUCACGACUUCUCCUUUGUUGCGGCAGAGCAUGGAAACACCAAGUUCUUGAUUGAGCUUAUUGAAGGUUAUCCUGAUUUGAUAUGGAAAGUAAAUAGCCAGAACCAAAGCAUACUUCACCUUGCCGUUUUACAUCGUCAUGCAGGAAUAUUCAAUAUUUUAUAUGAGAUAGGCUCGAUUAAGGAUUUAAUUACUGCAUAUAGAGAUGAAGAUCGUAAUAAUAUGUUGCAUUUGGCUGCGAAGAUGGCACCCCCAAAUCAACUUAAUAUUGUGUCAGGGGCAGCUCUUCAAAUGCAAAGAGAGCUACUGUGGUUUAAGGUAAACGUUUCCACAUCCCAUUGCCGGUGGCAAUUCCAUGCAGCCGGUGAUGUCUCCCAGCAUCCAAGGAAGCAGUCCUGAGGUUUUGGCAACCUCCAGAGGAGUGAAGGAAGGAAAACAGAGGCAGUUCACGCAUGGCGGCGCAUU